AUGAACAUUGCUGAGGAAAAGUGGUCUAUUCAACAAGUUCAAGCACCUCCUUCUCCUCACCACACACAUUCUACAAUAACACCGCAAAUGAACGGUAUGCCUACGGACAACUUUAUGCCAUCUUACCAAUACGAAGGUCAAACGACGCAAAGUCAAAUGCAUCCUCAACAAAUUGUAAACCCUAAUUCAUCGGCAAAUGCGACCGAUCGCAAGGUCAUCGACAACCGUCCCACCUUUGCUACCUCCUCAUUUCACGCCACAUUCCAACCAGGUGUUCCGAGGAAACGUCGAACUGAUACGAUGGGCUUUCCGCAAGAUGCCGGCCCAUUCUUCUCUCAAACUCAUCAACAUUAUAAUGUAUACAGCAUGGAUCGAACAAUGAGUUACAAGCUUAAAAUCAAGUCCAAAGUUGAUCGUGGCUUUUUCUUGGCUGAUAAUGAUUGGACGUGUUAUCGAAGGAACUACUUUCAAAUUAGUAGCGCAUUUUCGAUCUCCCAUCCGAGCGGCGAAACCGAUGCACCUUGUUUAAUUGAGGUUGAUGGACAAUUUCAUUCCGUCACUCAAUUCCAGCUAGGAAUCACCGCCAGGGUAUCUAAUAGCGACAAGAAGAUCGAGUUGGUACAACAUACGCCAAAACGUGAUAAAGGUCCCCAAAUGGUCCCUGCGCCAAAGCCAAUUCGUCCCGGUGGAAAUCUCAAUCUGAGCUCGGUUGGCUCAAACUCAAAUAUUGUUACCUUUGAACGAAUUCAAUUCAAGACGGCCACUGCUAACAAUGGCAAGCGUCGUGCUGCCCAGCAAUAUUAUGUAAUUAUGGUUGACCUUUUCGCUCAAACGGACUCUGGUGAACAAUUUCGAGUAGCCUCCACAACCUCUGCUCCCUUGGUCGUACGUGGUCGCAGUCCUGGUCACUAUGCCGACAAUCACGAUCGUUACAAUCCAAUGGCUAUGAACCCAGCAUUUCCAAACGAUCGUCAUAUUAGUUAUCAAGGACCGAAUGGGCCUUCCAUGAUUCAACCGGAUUUUAGUGGUGCACCAUUCACGGGACCUUACGGACAAUACCCGUCCUUUCCGUUUCCUCCGGUAAUGAUGGCUGGAGGACCAAGUGGACAAGUACCUCCAUUCCACCCUCAACAUCCACAUCAACAAUACAUGGUGCAAGGCAUCUCUGACUCGGGGGAAAAUCAAAACCCCGAGAUGUACAACAAUACAAGCAUGGAUCCAAACAUCGUCAGUGGUCCUCACGAUCAAAAGAUGCAUCAAGGUCAACAUGGCCAAAUGGAGAUGCACAUGGAAGGAGUCGCGGCCACCUCAACUCCACAUUCUGCUUUCUCGAAAUACGUGGAAAACUUCCAUAUGUAUGAUAAUGCACCCAACAAUGGUUCCUCUCACCACGGUAGUUACCAUUCCGAUAAUGAGCAAGCCAAUGGUCGUCAAGCGAGACCUGCUGGUUCUAAUAAUGGACAUCACUCUCCGCCAAUUGAGAAAUCAGAACAAAAUUCCAAAUCUCCAUCAUCAAACGAUGUCUUGGGAGUUAAUCGUUAUCCGCCGGAUGAGAGUGAUGGAGAGAACUGGUAG